UGUGUGUCUCUCUCUCUCUACAACACCUAACUAGAUAAAAACAGGUCACCUACCACGACAUCCUCGAGCUUAGCUUGUGCUCCUUUUCAAGAUGGAACCUCCGGUGAAAUAUCAACGCCGAAGCAUCCUUGAUAGACCUAUACUUAUUGCUAUUCCCAUCCUGAUCGGACUGUUCCUUACACGAUCACCCUUCUUCAUGACUGCUCCGGCUCUAGAUCCCGCCACGGUGGGCAGUGUGGUUUGGGCUGAUGCUCCUAUCAAGCUGGUGACGACUCCUCAGUUUGAGACCAAGAAGACCGAUAUAUUCACCACCGGCGCCACGCACAUGGCCCUCCUGCACAACGCUAUCCUCCGCGGCUACAACUCGGUGUACCAGCAAGCCCCGCACGUCAAGCCCGUCGACAAGGCCGACUUCAUCGGGUACGCUUUAACAUGGCACAAAUUCGUAGCCUCGCACCACGACGACGAGGAAGCCACUUUGUUCCCCAAGGUCGAGGCCGUCCUCAACGACAAUACCAUCUGGGCCGGCACUCACAAGGAACACGAGGCGUUCUUGGGCGGGCUGGCCCAGUUCGAAAAAUACCUCCGGGCCGUAGAGCCGAAGCCCGGGACGUUCGACGGCGCGGAACUAGUCAAGAUCAUGGAGUCCUUCCAGGAGCCCUUCGAAGCCCAUUUCCACAGCGAAAUCGCCACCAUUGCCGCUUUAUCAGGCCACGCGAACGCCCCCGCGCCGGGAUCCGCCGCGGCAGAAGAAGCGUCGGCUACGUUCAAGAGCUGGGGCAAGACGACGGUGACAAAAGCAGGGACCCUCGACGUAGUGCCGUUUUUCCUGCUCAACCUAGACGGCACGGCCGAGGACGGUGCGUGGGCGAACUGGCCGCCUAUCCCGGCUCCUAUCAAGUGGGGGCUCGUGAAUAUUGCUGGCGCGUGGCAUGGCCGCUGGUGGAAGUUUAGCUCUUGCGCGGGAGGGCAGCCGAGGAAGCUGUACGCGCUGCAGUAGGUUGGAAUCAGAGGUUAUCGUGGGUUAAAUUGAAGUUAAGUCCAACAAGGGAAGGAGUAGCGUUAUGAUACCCAGGUUGCUUGGAGUCAAAUGUUAUGUUAAUGGCUUUUCAAAUGCUGAUGUAUUGUCCCUUUCGUAUGAUAGUUAUAGGUUAGGUGCUUAUGCAAUGGACAAUGGUAUAUAUACUAGCAUUCCGAUUAGACUGAGUCGAUGACUGGAACAAUAAUACUAGAACGAUCAUAGUCUAUUGAUUCCGUCUAUUCACUCGCCUCGAAAUAUUCCCCGUGCUUCGUGACUUCGUA